AUGUCCCCGCUCACGCGUGCCCGAUGCGACCCCGUGACCCACGAGGCAGGACCCAUGCAAGUCGAGUACUACUCGCAGCGUGCCGGCGCCGGACUCAUCGUCACGGAAGCCCUCGCCGUCUCCGUCCAAAGCUUCGGAUGGUACGGCGCGCCCUGCAUGUACACGGAGAUGAAGUUGUGA